AGCAAUUUAGGCUCAACAGUUAGUGAAGCACAGUGGCCAUGCUCCGCCUGCUCCUCGUGCUGGUCUUGUCCCUGCCGCCUUUGGUCACCUCGUUUGUGGCACCGCGAGCGCGAACCCUGCCGGGGCUUGAAGCGCCGGCAGAGAGUGUGCGGCAGCCUGCCCUGCCAAGUGCGCAGCCCGUUGCGGCGGCCCUUGCAGGUCUGGCGUUGGGCCUUGCCGCCGUGCCGCUGGUGCGAGCCCUGCCGUCCAUGCCCUUUCCAGAAGUGAGGCAAGUCAAGCAAGUCAAGCAAGUCAAGCAAGUCAAGGACGAGGACUGCACGACUGGGCGGACCGACAAGGCGAAACGGGAAGCACACCUGCAGCAGGUACGGGAGAGGCUGAGGGAGAAAGCCAAGCUAGCAGUGGACCGCCUGUGCUUCGAGCUUGAAGCUGACCCGGUGUAGAGUCAGAUUCUCGGGUGCAAAGGAUUGCAGUUUUUCGCUCAGAUUCCGUGCGUACAGUUCCAGGUUGAUCGGUUGAUCUGGCACGUCAGUUUGAGGGCGCGUCAUGUCAAAGCCAUGCCGCCCGGAGUCCCUUUUUCCGAAAGGAGUCUCUCUCCAGUUUUCAGGCACGGAUUUGUCCAUAGCGUUGCAGCGCCACGUCUCCACACACCGCAGUCAAUGCAGAUUUUGACCGGGUCA